CUGCGAGAAAACGGUCUACCCGAUCGAGGAGCUCAAGUGCCUCGACAAGAUAUGGCACAAGCAGUGUUUCAAGUGCCAGGGUUGCGGCAUGAUCCUGAACAUGCGGACGUACAAGGGUUUCAACAAGCAGCCAUAUUGCGAGGCACACAUACCAAAGGCGAAGGCCACCACGAUGGCGGAGACGCCGGAGCUGAAGCGUAUCGCGGAGAACACGAAGAUCCAGAGCAACGUGAAGUACCACGCGGAAUUCGAGAAGGCGAAGGGCAAGUUCACCCAGGUGGCGGAUGACCCGGAGACUCUGAGAAUCAAGCAGAACAGCAAGAUCAUCUCGAACGUCGCCUACCACGGCGAGCUACAGAAGAAGGCGAUCAUGGAGCAGAAGAGGACGAUGACCGGUGAAAAUGGCGAACAGAUCGAGUACGUAGAGUACACGGACGGUACGAUCGCGCCUGCGUCUGGCGUGAACGCGAAUCCACCGGCCGCUAGAACUGCGAGCUCGCCGGUGCAAAGGACACCAGGUAGGAUCGCCGAUUACGAUCCCCUUAGCGAGGCGAGACCGAGCCCCUAUUCCGCCAGGCAAGCGGCCACCACUGUGAUUUAUACGAGCGACAAGGGACCAGUGACGAAUCCACCAACCAGAAAGAUCGGUUCCGUGGCGGAUAUAGACCCCGUGAACGAGUACUACGGAUCGUUGACGCCAGCAACGAACAACAACCACGUACCGCAGCAUCAGCCGCCUCCACCACCACCUUCCAACGUCGGGAGAGUGUACAGAGCGAUGUACGACUACGAGGCGCAGGACCUCGACGAGGUUAGCUUCUGCGACGGGGAUCUGAUCGUGAACUGCACGGCCAUCGACGAGGGCUGGAUGACCGGUCUGGUGCAGCGCACGGGACGACACGGCAUGCUGCCCGCGAACUACGUCGAGCCGGCCCAGAUUUAAACCGGCCCUACCUUCGAGCAUCCUCGUCGUCUUCGUUUCACCGGAUGGCCUGGCCGACGAGCAGCACUCGAACGCUCCGCACGAGGAACGCGUCGCGCGGACCAGAGACGCGGAGGAGGAGUGGUUUGGCGUAGACAGGCCUAGGAGCACACUCGUCGACGCUGCGGAAACGAGAUACGAUGACGAGCUAGCUACUGACUUCCGAUCGGCGAUUUCGCAGCGAAACGAAGCGUCGUACUCGCGUACUCGAUGCCGAUGGCGGAUGCGCGGCGAUCGGUCAGGGGAUCAGAGAGUCUUUGUCGCGUCGAUCAGAGUGAUUCCUUUUGUCUGUCGUAUAAGGUUCGUGUAUUCAAUGAAAUCGUCGAUCUUCCUUUUUCGCAGAGGGACGAGCGAAUGGACUUAAUCUUGCAAGAUUUCCCGCGCGAGCACCGUGAACGCUCGUUCGAAUAGAUGAUUAAUCGUGAUGUUCUUUCACGCACCGAGUGCCUGCGUCGUUUCGCAUUUAAGUCGGGGAACUAGAGGGUAAUUCCAUGUUGGGACCAAAUUCUACCCCUAUCGCGGGGGGUCGCUGUACUAGGGCCCAGAGUGCUCGAAUAGCGGUUUUAUGCGAAAGCUUCGAUCCAGAUUUUUAUCACACUUUUUCACCGCGACACGGUUCUUCGUGUCGUUGGACGGUUUUACGAUUUUCAUAACCAUUCCGUUGCUUCGAGGAUUCCACGGUAAUGAUGACUCGAUGAUUGCACGGUGACGGAGACCGGAAGACUCUGCGCGUUUCUUACCUUUUUACCCAAUGAAUAUGUUCUAUUUGAAAGAAAGAUGUCGAAGAAUGUGUAAUUUUUUUUUUUUCUUUUCUUUUCUCUUUUUUUUUUUAAUACUAGUAACGGUAUGAUAAGACAGUUUUGUUUCGCGUCACGUAAGCGUCUUGUAUCUGCAUGCACGGUGGUUUUCUUUUUACACGGGAUAAUACUCUUUCGGUCUUUGCUCGCCUCCACGUCUGAUGAGCGUUCUUGCGCGUUUUGUAAAUCGUUGAAGCGAACAAUAUGCGAAUUGCAUGGGAUAUUUAUUUAGAACAGUUAUAUAGACGGUGUCGCAAUGUUUCUCCGCCAAAAGACUCGGGCUCAUAGAUCAAGCCACGCAUUGCGUAUUGCGAUCCAAUACGAGACAACGAUGUGCCUUAUAUACGUAGACCUCUAAUUAGAAGAAUCUUUGCGCGAAUCUUUCAUCGCGAUUUAGAGCGAACAAUAAAACAGGAAAGCAUGUAAUUAUAAUGUAUUCGCGAGCAACGUUACGUAUCAUCGGAGCACACAGAAGGAACUUCAUAUAUGGGGUAUGGCGAAAGUGAAUUCUAGUUAGGACUAUAAACGAAGAAGAAUGUAAUGUAAUUGUUGAUAGGAAAGUUUCGUUACACUUGCCUUGCUCGAUUCGAUGCAUUUCGAAAGGAAGCAACGAUCGCUGGAAACUUUUAUUAACGUUUCUCUUUGUCUAAUUAACGACAUUAACCGACAUUUACCUAUAGUAGCUGUUAAGUUUUAUCACGCGAGGUUCGCCUGUAUUAAAAAUGCUUUCUUUAUCGGCUUUCUACGAUCCUUUCAGUGCUGCGCGAGUGACUCGCGGCGCGCGGCUGCGGCGCCGAAAAUCUCGUCGGAAACGAUUAUCGAAUGCGGAGAUCUCGUUUCGAUCUUCGUUAGCGUUCUCGUGUUACAAAUCUCUAUCCAGCGUUUUCGAGCGUUUCAACGAGCGAUUCAGGAAACGCAGGUGUUUCAAUUGUACAUAAUGUAACAAAGUAUUAUUUUUAGUUAGUAUAUACCGUUAGCUGUAAGUCGCAAUAAAUUUCAUUUGUAUUUUACAGUGAUGUUGAACGCAAUUUGAAAUUGUAAUAAUUGUAAAAUCGCGGUGUGUAAACUUUUCCAACGAGAACUUUUUCAUUUUUCUACGCGGUGUAUCUCCUUAAUUACAUGUGCAGUUGAACGAAACGCGUUUCUUGAACCUACCGCCGUUCUAUUCGACUUAUUUAAACACGCGUAUGUGUACGAAACGGUACUGAAAGGAUUGGAUCGCUUCUUGCAGACACUUUUAUCGCGGCGAAACGGGAUUUACCGGCGAUACGAGAUUGUUCUCCGCUGUGGUCUGGAUUUUAUAGAUAGCUUUAUACCUUCCUGACGUUCGGUUAAUGUACAGAUAAUAUCUGCACCAUCGCGGAGAUUAACCGUGCCUUGCUUCCGAUUCCCUAAUCCGUUUCUUACCCUUUACACACACACCACACACACACACACACACACACACACUCGUCCAUUUUAUUCUGCGAAAUUUUCUAUCCCCCCUUUUGCUGGAAAUUUGGUUCCUCGGACACAGAUCGUAUCUAUUACAUUGCAUUUACCUGAGUAGGAGAAUAGAAGAAGUUUAUACGCUAUAUAUGUAAAAGAAAUAAAUAGUAAUGUUGUUGCGUGCGUGCGCGCGCUCGGCCGUGCGCGACGUCGUUCGACUUUUCGUGAUAAACCGCGAGGAGAUAUAUUCAUAUUUUUGGAAACAUGUUAGCAUUAUUAUUAUUAUUAUUAU